AUGAGCCCAUCGCCCGACCACGCCGCUGAGCAGACGCCGCCCGAUUCCAACCUCACAUACCUGCAUAAACAGCAACGCAACCGUAACAAGGUGCAGGACACGCCUCAAGCACGCGGUCGGAAGAGCCUGCGACAUGAGCUGGGAAGACGAGAUAAGCAGGCGGCCAAGGUUACGCGCAUCUACCCCAGAGAGAUAACAAAGUCGUCGCCUUCUCCACGCAGACUGUCCUCUGCCUCGCCGCCGGGCCCCGCCAGCUAUAAUGCCACCACGUCGCCGCUGCUGUCGGCCCUGGGUGCCACACGAACCACCGAAUGGACCAAGUCGGUGCCCUUCUUCCCCAACCAAGGCUCGCCAGGCACUGGCGGCAUAGCCAUCGCCAACUCUCCGCCGGUUUUGCACAACUCGCCUGGGGCACGAGACGGCGUGUACGCUGUUCCGUCCAUGUCCAACUCGCCCCCUAAUCGCCGGCCUCUGAGUCAUCCCAACCAGCACACCACUUUCGGCGGCCGAAUGCAAGGCUCACCACAAGACACGUUGGGGAGAGACCGCAGAGCAUCCAUGUACUCGCAGCAUGGUGCUCGUAUACCUUCACAGCCACAUCCGCCACUGCCCCAUCAGCCCCAAGCACAUUUCUAUAGCUUGCCGGGCCUGGACUUUGGACUGAACAAUGCACCGAAUGACGGCUUGACACCCGGCGAAGAGGGCUACUUCUGCGGCUUCGAUACCUUGGUUGCAGCCGGCGACGAAGCGGCUCGAGCAGCCGAAAAUGUCAUACUGGUUGGGUCGCAGGGAGGCCUGGACAUGUUUCGUGUGGAGAAGAGCAAGAUGGACCUUGUAGGACGUCUGGAAGGGCUGCGCGGGGGUGUCAUCGGCGCCAAGGUCAUACCAUGGACCUCCAGGGUGGAUCCUAUGGCGGCUUUGCGACCUCUAGUGGCACUCACGCUGCACGGACCCGUCGUCAAAGACAGCAGAAGCAGCAGUAGCAGUGGUGCAUCCUCUGUCAUUGAUGACUCAGCCUCCGAAUCCCCAAGCAGACCCGCUUCCCGUCAUGGGGAGGAGCCAGUGGGCCAGGUGACAGGCUACCAGACGACAGUCGAAGUGUAUUCGUUGAAGGAAGGGCGGAAAGUGGCUACGUUGUACAAGAGUCCUCUCAUACCUUUGAUCAGUCCCAUAGAUAGUCCCUUGUUUCAACCUCCAAAACCUGUAGGCGAUUUUGUUGUGGAUGCCAAAGGCAAGUUUGUGGUCGUUGCAUCCGGUGCUAGUGGAGAAGUCUUCGUCUUUGCACCGUACUCCCAAGGCCAUCCGGAGUACGCCGAACGGUACCGAUGUCUGGGGAAGCUUUGGACGUCUAUCCAACUUCGCGAACGUGCCACCCCAUCGAAUGCAUCAAGAUCAAGUGUGGCAGACGGAAAUCACGAAGACAUCCCUCCUGAGAGAUAUGGCGUCCCCAUCUUCUCGCUCUCGGAUCGCUGGCUAGCUACAACACCGCCUGCGUCGAGCUCGCUCUAUCCACUGAACGGAACAGCACUCACUUCCCCGUACCACGAGCGCCCACCUGGACUGUCUCACCAUAGCGUUCCCCCUCAGCCAACGCCAAACUGUGCUGUCGACGCUCCGGAAGGAGCCAGCCUUAUUGAUCGCCUCACCCGAGAAGGGACCCAGGUUGCCAUCAAGGGUGCGCGAUGGGCCACAGAAAAGGGCUAUCAAGCGUUCAAGAGCUACAUGAACAAGGGUCAACAGCCGAACAACAGCCAAAUGUAUGGCCAGGAUCCCAUGCAGCAUUACUUUCCACCCACGCAUGGACACAACCAAGUACAGCCGAGACAGGAAGCAUCCGUGAUUUCAGUUUUUGAUCUCCAGAAAUUGCUGGAAGCAGAAGAGACGAAGAACAAGAGUGCGCUGCAUCCGAUCGCCACGACACCUGCCACUUUAGGAUGCAGCUUCUUGUCAUUCUCGCCAAGCGGCUUGAUGCUGAUGACAGUAAGCAAAAAGGGCGACUAUCAGGAUGUGUGGGACUUGAAGCGAAUGAGCUUCCGCAAGGCUCGAAAGACUGCAAGAGAACAGCCCAGUGGCCCUCAUGUCCGACAGAUUGCUCGUUUCACCCGGAUGACGGUCACGAAUGUCAUUGAUGUCAGCUGGUCUGCUCCCUUGUCAGACAAGCUAGCUCUUGUGACCGACAAAGGGACAGUACACAUGUUCUCCAUGCCGGCAUCCGCCUUCCAAUGGCCGCCUGCUCGCCGUAUUCGACAAACACCUCCACCAGCCAAGACGGACGAAGCGAUGCCGGCUGCAGGUCCUGUCGGCGCCGUCAACUCAGCCAUGAAAGCAAUUAAUGGUACCGCAAGGCCAUUUUUCGAUGCGGUACGUCAGCGAAAUACUGGGACAGGCUCUCGCUUCACUCUCAGCAGUCUUGGCGUGACACCUGCUGCGGGGGCAAAAUCUGGCAAGGCUGUGGCUGCUGGGGUAGGCAAAUCAAUCAACAAUAUCCGGCACGCGGGUGACAACAAACUUACGCUCCCUACAUCAGCCAGCGGAGUCAAGCCUUGCAGUGUUCGCUGGCUUUCUGGACGAGGUCGCGGCUCGAUCGCAUUAGUUUCCGGUGGGGUCUUGCAGAUAUGGCGAGUGCAGAUGCGUUCUACAAACAGCAAGGGCAAGUAUUCAACAACAGCCUCCAUCAGUAAGAAGAAGGUUGUGGAGUUUGGGCUCGCCCCAAUUCGGGACUCGUCCUUACCGCCAGCGAUUGUAGAACAGUUGUUCCCACAACCAGCUGAUCCAGAGCCUAUGCAAGAGAUAUACGGUGAAUGGCUUCUACGAAUCCCAACAUCUCGUAAGCCUGGGGCUGGUGAUCUGGCCGUUGGCCCGGCUCCGGCACCCCUGAGCUUCUCGGAGCUCGAAACGAAUCCACCAUAUCAGCCUUUUUACACUGAUCGCCGCGUUACUCGCUUCGUUUACUCGAGACAGUCAUCAGAGGAGCAAGGUAGCAGCAGCGAAUAUCAGUCGUCGCCUCCAAGUCUGGUCUCCCCACUCCACCACGAGAACGACAAUACACCGUGGCUGUUUGGUGAAAGCAUCGAAGCAGUGCGCAUCUCCUCACCCAUGACGCAAGCUUAUGACUCUGGGGAGGAUGACCUCGUGGCAGGCGUUGCGGCCCGCAUCGAGAACAAGCUCGUCCUGCGGGACGGAGAAGAAGAGAUCGAGCAGGUAGUCGUCACCACGAGACGUAGGCGCAUCCGAAAGGAAGGAAUCGAAGAAGGCGAGGAAGGCUUCUUCGAGGAUGACUGCGAGGUGCUCGAUUUCGCAGAGGACAGAGUAUGA